AUGGUCAUGGAUGAAGAAAAAGAAGAUAAAUUUAUGAUUGAGAUGGAAGCAAGGAUGUACGCGCCUUUAGAAUGGGAUUCACCGGCAAUAUGCAAAAUACAGGAUCUCAAAGAAGUGCAGUACGAAGAAGCUCUGCGUCUGAUAAAAAAUCAUUUCUUUCGAGAAGAGCCCAUGUGCAAAACGGUGUCCUUACUGCAAGAUGAGAAAUCUGUGAAUGUAUAUCUCGAUCUUAUAAAAACGUGGAUGAAAGACACCACCAGCUUGGUAGCUCUUAGUCUGGCAUCGGGACGUGUCAUCGGAGUCGCUGUUACGCGAGUUAAUAGUGAUUCAGAUAAAUCUGAUACGUAUAAUCGAGUGCAAGAUUUCAAGGGAAAGGCCUUGGAGAAAAUUAUGACUUUAAUCAGCGCUUUAAUAAAACAAACGGACGCGUACAAAGAGCUCGAAUGCGACGUGUAUUUUCGAGUUCAUAUCCUAUGCGUUCAUCCAUCAUAUCAACAGAAGAACAUUGGUGCCGCCCUCUUGAAUACUUGCGUCCAAGUCGCGUCCACGCUGAAUUUAGCAGCCAUCGGUGGCGUUUUCACGUCAGGUCGCAGUCAAUCGCUCGCGUUGAAACAUGGAUUCCGUCUCGUCUCGGAAAUCCGUUACAGUCGGUGGAUUAUCGACGAUCGCGUUGUAUUCGAUGAUACCGGCAAAGGGAAUUACUCGGCCGCUUUUAUGGGGAUGCGAGUGUCUACCGAGGAAUCGCUCCGCAAGUCCUGA